AUGAUUAUGCUCACGAUCACCUGCGCUGUCCCCCUGAUCCUCGGGCUAUUCACAAGGAUACUCUACCUGAUCCUCAUUGAUCGCGGAAGAAUCCCCAAUGAACGAAAAAUUAUUAAAACGUUGAUAGUCCUCGGUUCCGGGGGUCACACUACAGAGAUGUUGCGCAUAGUCAGGCACCUAGACAUUUCUAAAUACACUCCACGAGUCUACAUUCACGCACAAACCGAUGAAAUGUCCCCAGUGAAGCUGGGUGACAUCGAGGAACACCGAGAGGACUGGAAAGUUCUUCCACUAAUCAGAAGUAGACAAGUUGGACAGUCCUACUUCACUAGCAUUGCAACCACCCUCAUUGCGUUUUUUCACGCUUUGAGGUUAUUGUUGUCUGAAAAUCCUGACUUAAUACUCUGCAAUGGCCCUGGUACUGGGGUACCCGUGUGCCUCGGCUCACUCUUCCUCAAGAUAUUUUUCUUCAAUCGAACGAGAAUAAUAUUCGUCGAGAGCUUUUGCAGAGUCAAGACUUUAUCACUUUCCGGGAAAAUUUUGUUUUUCGUUGCGGAUCAUCUGAUUGUACAGUGGCCCGAGCUUUGUAGCAACAAUUCCAAAUUUGUGCAUCUAGUUAAAUGAUUAAAUGACUGUUAAACUGAUAAGAUUAUUGAUUUUUCU